AUGCUAUAUCUAAAGAACCCCGACUAUAAUCCUGAUCCUAAUGCCAACACCAGCAUCGAAGGUCUGCGGAAGCUAGCCCGCGAUAUCCUGCAACCUGCUGGCGUCAAGGUUCUCUACGGCUUCUACGGCUCCCAGGUCACCGAGCGAUCCUACCGAGUUAUCCGCGACGGUUUAAAUGAGAACGAGAGCAUUGGCGUGGACGGCGCUCCAUAUGCCGUCGGGGGCGAAUUCACACUCAAUGGUCCACAGGAUAUCAAGAAGCGCGUCAUGUCUACGGGCUUAUAUAACCCGAUGUUCUAUUUCGGCGACUGCAACGAUGCAUGCACAUCCACAUCCAUCUGCCCGCGGCUUCGAUGUGCUGCUGAGUCUAAAGUCAUGGGAAAGGUGUUUGGAUGGACCAUCUCGCGUAAUAGAGCCGAGCAGGCGACUAAGAUGAUGGGCGAAGCUCAUGUCGAUGGCCGCAUUUACGGGUUUGUUGCCACUCACUACUACGAUCACGCUGAUACACGAGCGGCGCUGGGCAUUAUCACUGACUGGUUAGCCAAGAACAAGGACAAGCGAUACCUCGCCACUGUUAACGACCAGCCUUGGUGA